AUGAAGUGCCAGCAGCCAAGACCGGACCAUCAACGAGCCCUCGAGACGCUUCUCUCAGCAGGAAGACGAGCGUCCGCAGGAUCGUACAAGGGUUCGCCCGCAGGAGAGGGAGGUUCCGAGGGAUUCACUAAGUAUCAGGCAGAUGUUUUUAAACAGCUCACCAGGACCAACGGCGUCGCCAAGCAGGAAGAAGAUUGUUCCUUCCAGUACUUCCCUCGGAGCACCGCAGUAUCUUCGGAAGAGCGGCGCAAGAUGCCCCCCUGCAGGGCCAAGAAAGCGGGCAGAUUCAAGUGUAGGUUUUGCGAUUACUGCAGCGAUCGUUCGUGCCACGUUGAGGUACACGAGAGGACCCACAUGGGUGAGAAGCCGCACUUGUGCCCCUUGUGUCCCAAGUGCUUUGCAGGGAAGCGUAGCCCGAGAAAGCACAUCCGGGACACACACAAGGACCGUGGCAUCUACGAGUGCUCCACCAGCGGGGCUUUCCUGCGGCAAGAGCGCCUUCGAGCAUACGAGAUGGCGCAUAUCUCAAAGGCAUAUUCACACGAGCGACAACCUCACGGAAGAUUCUAG